AGCGGCCCCGUUCUGCCCAGAGGGGCCCGGGAGGCUCCCUGCUGUGCUGGGUGCUCGGGGCAGCUCCUGCCCCUGCUCGGGGGAGCCUGCAAGAAACGGGAGGGCGAUGGCGGGUCCUGCUGGCACAGGCCAGCCCAGGGCUUGUGCUGCUGCUCCUCGGAGUCGAUGUCUGUGCUCUGAGGAACGUGCCUUUCGUGGGAGAUGCAGCUCUCCCCGAGCCACUGUACUUCACCUUUGGUCUCACAGGCAUCCAGGUGGAGAAGAGGUCCUGCUCGAACAAGCUGGUAGAGAUGCCACAGAGAGCUUUGAGGACGUUGGGCACUCCACAGAUGCCAGGGAGAUGCUGAAGCAGUACUACAUCGGGGAGAUCCACCCGCACGAUCGUAAAAAGGAGGGCUCUAAGGAUCCAAGUGUGACAUCCUCAGGCCAAGCAAGUUUCUGGUCAACUUGGCUAAUCCCCAUCGUCGGAGCGCUGGUCCUAGGAUUAAUGUAUCGCUAUUACAUGCUGGAUGGGAGAACCUCCUGAACUGACCUUGCUGGGACCUCAGAGAGCCUGAAACGGAGGGUGUGAGGGACAGUGCAUGCAUGCAGCACCUGGAGUUCUGCUUCCCUUAACCCUUCCUGCCUCGCUUUCAGCUUUGAGUCUGCCAAGUGAUGUUGAUAUCCAUGGGACCAAGCUAAUACCAAACUCUCUCCUAACUCUGGGACCCACCAGCCUGUCGCCCUUCCCUCUCGUGGUGGUGGGGCAAGUCAACUUCCCAGUAUUCCCUGACAUUUCAGGGUGGUCUCCCUCGUGUGUGCGUGCUCGUGCGCCGCUCCCUCGUGCUCUCUCGCUCUCUGAAGUCAACCCCAGACAAACCUUUUCCUUUCAAUGCCUUUUCAUUAAGCCAGACAACAUGACCCAGCUGCUGGUGGGCCUGUGGGUGUCCCCCUGUCCUCCUCACAGCGCUGGCAGAACUAAACUGCAAGUUGUCUACAGUCCUUUCCAGAAAAGAUGUCCGGAGAUUCGGUUCCGCCGUAACUUUCCCAGUGCAUGCAGGCAACACUAACUGGGGCAGCAGGAAGCUGUUAGCUUUGCUACCUCUUGUUGUACAUGUCUGUUUUUAACGGUUAAACAAAUACAUGGAUUUUAAAAGCAA